AUGUCACUGCCUAAGAAAAGGAAAGUGAAUCCAUAUCCUUUGAAUGAUAGCUUGCAUGGAGACAAUCUAAACAAAAUUAAACUCGGAAAGCUACGCAUUUUCAGUUUUGAGAUGCUGGAAAUUGCAACUAACAAAUUUGAUGUUGCCAAUAAGCUCGAGCAGGGGCAGGAGGAAUUUAUGAAUGAGGUUGUGGUGAUUUCUCAACUCCAGCACCGUAAUCUUGUUAGACUUCUUGGCUGCUGUGUGGAAGGAGAAGAAAUGAUAUUGAUGUAUGAAUACAUGCCAAGUAGUAGCUUAGAUCGAUUUCUCUUUGGUUUUGGCUAUAUAGCCCCUGAAUAUGCAAUGCAUGGAAGAUUUUCAGAAAAAUUUGAUGUUUUUAGCUUCGGAGUGGUGUUGUUAGAGAUUGUAAGUGGAAAAAAGAACACUAGCUUUUAUAAGGAUGAGCACUCUUUAACCCUUAUAGGAUUUGCCUGGAAAUUGUGGAAUGAAGAUAGGAUUGAAAUGCUCAUAGAUCCAACAAUUUCUGAUCCAUGCUUUCAAGUUGAGAUCUUGAGAUACGUACAUGUAGGACUGUUGUGCAUGCAAGAAUUCGCAACUAAUAGGCCAACUAUUUCUACUAUUCUUUUAAUGCUUAGUAGUGAAAUUGCUAAUCUUCCAACUCCAAAGCAACCUGCAUUUACUAAAAUAUUGGGCCUAUAA